AUGACUGUUGCAACAUAUUUUGCUACCUUAGAAGGACUAUGGGAAGAGCUAGAUCAUCACCUCAUUCUUGAUUGGGAGAAUGCCAGAUACAAGGAAAGGCAUGACAAACAAAUUGAAGAGGGCAGAGCAUUUAAAUUUUUGGCUGGCCUAGAUCCAAUAUAUGAGAGCAUAAGGUCCCAAAUUUUGGGAAGGGAUGAAAUGCCAGACUUACAUCAUGUCUACUACCUCGUGAGGAAUGAAGAGGUUAGAAGAAAAGAGAUGCAAGUUGAUACUCAAACUAAACCAGCUGAACAGUCUGUGGAACAUUCGGCCCUAAUUUCUACAAAUCAAAAGGGGAAUAAGUACUCGGACAAGAGACAUCUGAAGUGCACCCACUGUGGAGGAGAAAGGCAUGUGAAAGAGACUUGUUGGGUUCUCUAUCCACAUCUGAAACCAGCUGCUUUGAAGAAAGAUGAGAAGAAUCAGAAGGGUCAAGCUGCAAGUGGGAAUCUGGUUGCCAGUCACAGUAGUGAUGGCUCAAAACACUCAUCCACAGUUACUUCCUCUUCCACGGGACAGAUUGCUAAUUCCUCCGGACACGGGUCCUUGGGUUUCAUUGUCGAUGAGGUAGAGGUACUUAGCCGGACACUAGCCCGUCUAAGGACCAAUUCUCUUGCUUCCACCUCCCUUGCCAGAUCAGGUACUGCCUCUGCUUUUAGUGCAACUAGUUCUAUUGACCCUGCUUCUUGGAUUAUUGAUUCCGGUGCAACUGACCACAUGACACAUAUGUCUUAUCUAUUUUCAUUCUAUCAUUUACUGUCUGGCCAAGAUAAGAUGAGGGUUGCUGAUGGUUCCCUCUCUACCAUCUCUGGGAAAGGGGUGGUUGACCUAAGCAAAGACCUCUCACUCAAAUCUGAGUUCUUGGCUGCUGAAUUUGAGAUCAAAGACCUGGGUCAGCUGAGAUACUUCCUUGGGAUUGAAGUUGCUAGAUCAAAAGAGGGCAUCUACAUAUGUCAGCGGAAAUAUGUCCUUGAUCUUCUACAAGAGACAGGCAUGAUGGGGUGUAGGCCAGCAGAUACUCCAAUAGAACAGAACCAUGGAUUACAGGAAUCAGUAGGAGAGGACUACCUUGAUAAGGAAAGAUACCAAAAGCUGGUGGGGAAGUUGAUCUAUCUGUCCCUCACUCGAACUGACAUUGCUUAUGCUGUACAUGUUGUCAGUCAGUUCAUGCACACUUCUAAAAUCCCUCACAUGAAAGUUGUGGAAAGGAUUCUCAGAUAUUUGAAGUCUUGCCCGGGGAAAGGGAUUUUGUUCAGAAAACACAAUAAGAUUGAAGUUGAAGCAUAUACUGAUGUAGAUUGGGCUGGCUCUGUUGGGGACAGGAAGUCCACUUCCGGGUACUGCACCUUUGUUGGAGGAAAUCUAAUAUUUGUGGUCCUAAUGGAUAUAGAGAGAGGAAUGAGAUGUGGAAAGAGUUGGGAUACAUCAGAAGACUUUGGGAGGGACCCUGGAAAUGAUGUUGAUACUGCUGAAGAUCAAGGACAAAAGAUAGAUCUGUCUAAUGGAAGAAACUUCGAGGGUGAAGCUUUUGAGGGUACUUCUUUUGAUGCAAUAGUUAGUGAAGAUGACAGUGAUACUAUGCAAGAUGAUUCUGAUAGUGAUGGAUUUCUUACAGAGGAUAUGAGUUGUCCGUACAUUGCUGAAACAGAAAAUGAAAAUGAUUCAGAAGAAAAUAUUUGCCAUAUCCCUUUACUGGGACAAAACCAGGAAAUUCAUUUAGAACUUAUGGAGAAAAAGAUGAAGCUAGACAGGCUAAAGAAAAAGGACCCAGAGUUUUCAAACUUUUUGGACAGCCAUAUUAAGGACCUUGAGCAAUUCGGAAGUGAAGAGAAUUUGUCUGGUGGAGACGUUGAGAUAAGUAAUCAUGGGACUUCAAUAGAAAAUGGUGGUGGCUUAAAUUUAAAUGAGAGCAAGGUCCUGGCCAGCUCAACCAUUGAUUCGUGGUGUGAAUUUGUUCUGAAGCAGAAUAGAGUGCAUGCUCUUCCUAGUCUACUAAAUGGGUACAGGGCAGCAUGCCACUAUGGAACUGAUGUAACAUGUAGAAAGAUUGAAAAGAGUGAGACUUUUUGCAAGAUACUGAUGUUCAUGCUCUGUGAAGCUGAUAAUAUAUUUCGACGACAACUAGGGAUUUCAAACUCCAAUUGCAAGGACACCAUCUUGCCGAUGAUGAACAGUUCAAAAUGGAAAACUAUGAAACCACUGAUUAAGUCUUAUCUGAGGAGUACAGUGUUCCUUUUGAAUCAGGUUACAGACUCUGGAUUACUGUCCUUUACCAUAACCCGCCUCAGAGCAUCUAUUGUUUUCUUUACUGCUUUUCCUCCCUUGCUGCAAAGGCUUGUCAAGGUCGCAGUUCAGCUGUGGGCAACUGGGGGAGGGACUGUAUCAUCAUCUGCCUUUUUUGUCAUGCAUGAUUUGGCUUGUUUGUGCAGUUCAGAUUUUCUAGACCCCUGUUUGGUAAAGGCAUAUAAAGCCUUUAUUGCACACUGCAAGUUUGUGGAACCUGCUAAUAUGAAACAUAUGCAGUUUCUUGGAGACUCCUUUGUUGAUCUGUGUUCUGUAGACAUACUGAAAUCUUAUAGCAAGGCACUGUUGUUUAUCCAAGAACUAGCCAAGAUAUUGCAGCAUGGUCUAACAACAAAGAAGAAGGAAGUACUCAAGAAGAUAUGCAGUUGGCAGUAUAUAAACUGCAUCAAUCUCUGGGUUAAGUUUCUAUCAAAAAAUAUUAAGGAUCAUGAUCUUCAGCCAUUGCUAUACUUGAUCAUUCAAAUUAUAAGUGGAGUAGCUUAUCUUUUUCCUGGGCCUCGAUAUCUGCUUUUGAGGUUUAAAUGCAUUCAAAUGCUCAAUGAACUCUCUAUUUCUAGUGGGGUUUUCAUUCCUAUCACCUCAUUGGCACUUGGUGCUCUAGAAUAUUGUGGGAGUGGCAGGGCAGGUGCAAGGCCUGAAAAGGCCUUUGAUUUUUCAUUUGUCCUAAAGGUGCCAAAACAAUGGUUAAAAUCACAGUGCUUUCAAGGAGAGUGUGUUCUUUCUGCAAUCAAGCUGCUAUCAAUGCAUCUUUCUCAGUGGAGCUGCCAUAUAUCCUUCCCUGAACUAGCAACUAUUACCCUCAUUUUUUUGAAAAAGUUCCAUGAGAAAGCAACUUCUGAAGUCAUACGGCAUCGAGUGAAGCAUCUGAUAGAUCAGGUUCAACGGAAUGUUGAGUAUGUGCAGAAGAAACGAGAUGAAGUCGCAUUUUCACCAAAAGAUGAGGAAUCUGUGGAAUCAUUUCUAGAGUUUGAAAAGUGCAGCAGAAAUGAUCCCUUUACUCAAUAUUACACAAGAACUCAACAAAAGUCUAUUUCUCAAAAUAUCUCCAUGAAGGAAAAGACAAGUAUGGUUGAAUCGCAAGAAUCAAAAAAGCAUAAGUUGCAGACGUUGGAAGAAGGUUUUAAUGGCGAAAAGUAUUUUAAGAAAGGGAAGGUAAAUUCUAUUGUUGGCACACGAGAUCGAAGAAGGAAGAAACCCAGAACCUAGACUACUGAAGUUUGCUCAGUUUUUCCAAAUCUAUAAUCUACUAUUCUACUUUGCUUCAGUGCACAAGUGCAAGUUCGAUAAA